AUGCGCAUCAGAUCUGUGUUGGAUCCACAGUGGACGUCGACAGACAUGGUUCGGUUGACCGUGAAGUUCGUCGUAGCGUUCUUGGCACAUCUGGAGUUCUCAGCGACUCCUGUCAGUGGCAACAUUCCGUGCGAGAUUGUCUUGAUAUUUGGAGGACGAUGUCUUGAGUACACGCGUCUCAAGUACAGAGGCAGCUUGUUGAGCUGCAGCUAUAUGUGCGCUCCUUCGAAACGUGCUUCAUGCUACCAAGUUGAGGAAGAAGAAUUACCUUGUUUGAGAUUCGACCCUCCUUCUUACGGCAAAUGCUUCGCAGGAGUAUGUUAUACGUGGUCAGAGUUUCAGAACGUCACCAAGGGAAAGAACCAGCAAGCGUAUGCCGGCAAGUGCCACCAAAGUUCCCGGGCGCACGCACGACCCCCGCCCCAAGCAACCUGA